UUCGAGCCGGUUAAACCAAUGGGGUUGAAUGUUGUUGAGACCCCCGACAAGAUUAUUUCAUCUGCCCGGUUUUAUCUUUCAACCAAAUUGUAGUAACAUUCGUUGUUGUUAUUAAAUCUAAAAUUAAUAAUAAGCAAGAGGAGAAAAGAAGAUCGAAUUCUCCGGGGUGACGAGAGGCCCCUGCGGAGUCUGGCUUUCUCUCGUCACGGUCACUCGGUUCCAGGGAAGGGGACGUGUGUCGGUGUGAGAUCAGCCCAGGCUAACCACCAGCCUGAUCUUUACAAUUCACAAUGAAAGUCUCUCCACUCCUGAGCCACAGGCUAUUCAACUACCCAAUUGUUUGGAUCCUUCUCUACUCUAUUGUUUCUCUACCAUUUCUGGAGUCUGUUGCCACAAAACAGGACUCCUGCCAGAUUUGUCGUCAUAUCACCGAGAACUUCAGAAAGGGAAUGGACAAAACUGCAAACAAGAAUUUUGGUGGUGGAAACACUGAUUGGGAAAAGAAAAAUUUGGCAAAGUAUGAAAGCAGUGAAACUCGUCUACUGGAGAUCAUAGAACUGCUAUGUGAAAGCAUGAAUUUUGAUUGUAAUCAGAUGGUAGAACAAAAUGAAGAGCAUAUUGAAAAUUGGUGGUUCAAAAAGCAAGUGGAGUACCCAGAUCUAUUCCAAUGGCUCUGUCUAGAAACCAUCCAAGUCUGUUGUCCUCCUGGGACUUUUGGACCUGACUGCUCCUCGUGCGUAGGUGGAUCCACAAAACCAUGCAGUGGAUAUGGUCAGUGCGAUGGCGAUGGAACUCGCUCUGGAACUGGGAUAUGUAAUUGUGAUCCAGGCUAUGCAGGACCUAUCUGUAUGGAGUGUGCUGAUGGAUACUAUGAAGAGUCAAGGAAUGAAACCCAGCUGGUAUGUCAAGAAUGCUACAAGUCUUGCAAGAAAUGCACAGGUCCUGAGGACUAUAAAUGUCAAGAGUGUAAAGUUGGCUGGUUCCUGCACGAUGACAAGUGCAUUGAUAUUGAUGAGUGCGACACUGAUUUGGCAAACUGCAAACCUGGCCAGUACUGUGCGAACACGGAUGGCUCCUACGAGUGUAAAGCUUGUGAUAAGGCAUGUUUCACCUGUAUGGGAGCUGGACCUAGCAGAUGUAAAAAAUGUAACAAAGGUUAUCAGAUGGAUGGUACAAAGUGUCUCGAUAUCGAUGAGUGUAACAGCGAGAAACAAAGCUGUAAUGGUGAACACGAGGAAUGCAGAAAUACGGAGGGCAGCUACAUGUGUGCUUGCGUUGAUGGGUUCUCCAAACAGGAUGGGGUUUGUGUUGAGGACCAGGUGACUCCUGUUCCUGAGGAAGGUCUGUUUGACAAUGUCACUGAGGAUGAGAUGGUGGUCUUACAGCAGAUGUUCUUUGGCGUCAUCAUUUGUGCACUGGCAACACUAGCUGCAAAGGGAGAUAUGGUUUUCACCUCCAUCUUCAUUGGGGCCAUUGCAGCAACGGCAGGCUACUGGCUGUCAGAGAAAUCAGAUCGUCUUGUGGAUGGAUUUCUUAAAGGCAAAUAAGGAAGAAGUUUAAUUUGAAUGCAAGAAUCAGAUGGCUGUCUGUGGUAGUAGCUGACGAUUUUAAACGAAACUGGAUUGUUACCCAGAGGACUAUUUUGCAGAGCCCAGCAGCUGGGAUUGCCACAUGGAAGUAUGGGUAAAAUAGCAAUCUUUAAAUUAUGAAUUCAACAUGAGUAAACUGUGCAUGUCUGAAAACACAAGAUUAUAUAUAUUCACACGGAGUGUGUGGAGGUGUUUCUAUUGAAGCAAUUCUUCUGCUAUACUUCUAGUGAAUUCUCGUUUCGAUAAAAUGUUCAAUGAUGUAAUGUUUUCUGAAUAUGCACUGUUCUAAUUUAUUGUAAAAAAGCUGCAGCAUGGGCUUUAUCCAAAAGCAUAUUUAAGAUUCAGGGGAGAAGUUUUAUCUUCUGUCAUCUCUCAAUGAAAUUGUGCUUCCGUUUACAAAAUGUCAAACUUUACUUUUGGAGCAUUGUUCCAACUUCAGCCUGUCAAGCCCAGUUUGUGCUAGUUUUUGAGACUUGGAAUCUGGUUGGAAGUUGUCUCCAUUACAUUUUGUAGGGUAUUUAAUGUCUGACCGCAGUCUUGGUUUUCAUUUAAGUAAGUUACCUCAUAGAAGGAAAUAGACCUAAGCCGUAGAGGUGUCAACUAUGAAUGAGUACAAGAAUGAAUUUGAUGUUCAGCAUGGACAAGCAAAUGAAUGUGUUCCGCAAUCUGUUGGGAUGGGAUGAUGAGAAAGUAACUUCUAUAACUGAUACACUGUUCAGUAAGUAAUGCUUUUUCUUGACCUAUUAUGGUAUCCUAUUCACAGCAGAUGUGAAGUGAUCUAUAGUUACAAUUAAGAUAAGAAUAAGAAUACACUCACUCAGACAGGGUAGAAAUUGAGGCUAGAGAGGCUAUAUCUGGGGAUUUGUGGCAUUUUGCUUGAAGGGAGGGUUGAGGCUAGCCACGAAAAUGUUAUAGAAGUUUGGGCGUGAUACGAUCAAAGCUUGAACAUGGCUGCUGUUAACUUGCCAGGCAAAAGUUGGAUUGGAUUUAUCAGAGGAAUGUUCUUUAUCGGUUGCAUUGUGUGCACAUCCUGCCUCAGGAAAUAGAUGAGUCCAGAUCAGAUCAUUUGACAGUAGUGAAGCAAGUGGCUUCGCUUUGGCCUGCAGUGUGGUGGCAGAAGGCUUGCCUUGUUCUGGUCUUCAUCUUUGAUAUGCAGUUGGAUUAAAGAACGACAUUCUUAUAGAUUGUAUAAAGAGACUUAAACUUGAAAGCUGAUAUCUUUAUUUAUGGACAGUAUGACUAAAAUGUAAUGAAGGGGUGGGGGGAGUCGGGAUCAAGAAUGUACACUUGGUGCUAAUUUUGCAGAAAGAAGUAAAGAUAAUAAAGCAUUUGUGUUGAGCCAAGGGUUGGGUUACAAUCAGCUUAACAUCAGAGGUUCAGUUUUAGUUUUUUAUCUCCCUUUGUGGACAAUAGAGGUUUGUUUAUCAUUUUAUAUUGGAAGAGAGUCAGCAUAUUUCGACUCAAGUAGAUUUAACUCUGAACAUGAUGUCCUUGACACCUUUUUGAGAUGGGAAUGUGAGUAUUUUUAAAGGAUUUUUGGCUGUAUCUGAUAAGUGAAGCAGCCUGACAUCAGCGCUUGUUCAAACUUGUAGAAGUCAUUAUUGCAGCCUCUCAAACACUCAUUUGUGAAUUAACACUACGAUGGGAUUAACACCAUGAAAUUGGAAUGAACCUUUACACAACCCACUGGCAAAGAUCUUUGUACCAAUGUUGAUCUUGCCUUUUGAAUUCGGUAAAUGACCCUUAGCUUUUUUGUUAAUGAAGCAUAUCUGAGAAGUGUCAUUUUUUUUCUUCUGUCUGCAGGGAAGAAAUUUUUAAGUGAUGACUAACUUGGGUAAGAUUCAGGAAUCCCUGUGAGUAUAAAGUUUCUGGUGAAUAGUUCUUGUCCCAUGGUGGAUGAUGGGGUGAUAUCACCGGUAAACUCUAAACCACAAGUGAUAAUACACUUCCCAACAUAGAUUUUUGGGUAUGAAGAGUGAGAACCUGGCUUGUGAUUUAUUUUUGUCUUUAGUUGCUGCUAACGCAGUAUUGUCAGGAUCAGUUAGUCUAGUAAUUGAACACUUAGUUGAGUCUUGGACAGUUGACAGUGCAACUCUCUACAACAUUCAGUAAUUGCAAGUGUGUGUUUAUCAUUACACAAGGUUUAUCAUUGGGAGGGGCAUAGAUCCCUUAGCUUCAUAUCAAUGGAAAUUAUAUUGGUCCUGUUGAAAGACUGCGGUAUGUAGAUGGUUAAAGUACAUACAACAUUACAGCACAGUACAGGCCCUUCGGCCCUCGAUGUUGUGCCAACCUGUCAUACCGAUCUCAAGCCCAUCUAACCUACACUAUUCCAUGUACGUCCAUAUGCUUACCCACUGACGACUUAAAUGUACCUAAAGUUGGCGAAUCUACUACCGUUGCAGGCAAAGCGUUCCAUUCCCUUACUACUCUGAGUAAAGAAACUACCUCUGACAUCUGUCCUAUAUCUUUCACCCCUCAAUUUAAAGCUAUGCCCCCUCGUGCUCGCUGUCACCAUCCUAGGAAAAAGGCUCUCCCUAUCCACCCUAUCUAACCCUCUGAUUAUUUUAUAUGUUUCAAUUAAGUCACCUCUCAACCUCCUUCUCUCUAAUGAAAACAGCCUCAAGUCCCUCAGCCCUUCCUCGUAAGACCUUCCCUCCAGACCAGGCAACAUCCUCGUAAAUCUCCUCUGCACCCUUUCCAAAGCUUCCACAUCCUUCUUAUAAUGCAGUGACCAGAACUGUACGCAAUACUCCAAGUGCGGCCGCACCAGAGUUUUGUACAGCUGCAGCAUAACCUCUUGGUUCCGGAACUCGAUCCCUCUAUUAAUCAAAGCUAAAACGCUGUCGAUCAGCUGGUUAUUGAUCUUUGUCAUUGUCCCCCAUUGAUGCUCCUUUAUACUUUAACUUAUUUUCCACAAUUAAAAAUAAUAUGGUUGGAAAUAGAAAGCGAUGGUUCCAUUUGGCAAUCAAAUCAGCAUUAGUGAAGAAAAAAGUCGGGUGGUGGUGUUUUGGGUACGUCCUCAUGAAUGUAUAGAAUGUAUGAUGUUUCAGGUAUGUACUGUUCAGCAGUGAAUACCCGUAACUUGUCUUUUACAGAUGCUGACAGAUUUGUUGUUUAUUUCCAGCAUUUGAUUUUUCAGCAUUUUAGGCACUUUCUAUUGUAUUUAUACUAAUUAUGAUGUGAGGUUUGUGUGUAUAGUUUUGAAAAUUAUUUUCUUAAAAUUCCUGACCCUGAGAUGAGCCUGGCCCAACAUCAGUAGAAUUUAAAUGUGUCAGUAAUUUACAGGAUAUUUAAAGAUUUUAUCAUUUGUCUGUAUAAUAUUCAUUAUCCUUAAUUUAUUGUACAAAGUGUGGGAAAUAAUUUUCCAUGUCAUAUUUAUUGUGAAUUGACUGAAAGUAAUGGGCUAUACAUAAGUUCUCUAUUUAGCCUUGAGUACCUGGAUAGAUUUGAGAAGGGUUUGGUUUUAACUUGGCUUCCAUCCACUUAAUCCCCUCCCACCCAAAACAAAAAAAAAUUGUGUUUCUGGAUUCCUGUUGUUUUCUCAGUAAAUUUGAGAAAUAUGCAUAAAAGUUAUUCUUAAUGUACUGCAAUGCUUUUAAACUUUGAGUGCAAAUUAGUCCUUCAUUAACAAACAGUUAUGACCAUAGUCCUGGCAUUUUCUUUAGCACAAACCUUUCAUUUUUGUUCUAUUUGUUGAAGACAAGGUACAAAGGACAUAGCUGAGAGUUACUCAAAUACUUUUUUGCCCCGUAUGUUCACAGUUUAGUUUAAAAUGUAAUAAUUUUAAAUCAUUUUUGUUUGAAGGCUAACCUCAAAGGGCAUUACUAGAGAAUUUUAUCCCCGUGCGUAAGGUGCAUAGUGUGUCCCAUUUGUAAUUGCACCCAAAGUUUUGUAGCUUGUACAGUGCCACAGCCAUCUGCUGGUGGAAAGUGGAAUUGUCUGUACUGAAACUCCGUUCCACUCCUGGGAGAAAAUAAGGGACGGCAUCACUCCCAUCUUCUAAAAGGUGGACUGAACUGCCCCACUACUACUCUUCAAAUCGGAAAGUGUAUGGUUCAAUAAUUCAAGCCCCAGGUGUGUGACAUAAUUCUGUCUUAAUUGUUGGAUCCUUGCUGAGCACUGCUUUACUGUUGUUGAAGAUUAUGUCGGAUAUACUUCUACAAACAAAGAAACUGGAGGUUUCUUCAUGUUGCCUACCGUAUAGUGUAGCAAUGUGUAAUUUUGACCCUGUGGAAGUAGGCUAGUUGAGCAUUACUAUCACAAACUGAUAGUUUUGCCUCUAUAGACAUGAAGUAACUGCUGUGUAUGUGAAUUAUGCUGGGCAUUUCUCAUACUACCCCUUAUUAGCUGAGUGGAUGGCUGUCUGAUACUGAUGUUUCUGUAUUAUACCCGCGUGUAUAUAUGUAGAAUCUUUGAGGUGCAUCAGUGGCAUGCCCCAAAGAUUGUCUUUGUCUUUGUUAUCUGUAUAAUUACAUGUGCAGGACCUGAGUGAAUUUAUUCAUUCUUUUAUUUAUUUAUUCAAAGUGAAUCUUACAUUCUUUAUUGAUUCUGUAAUUUUUGUGGUUUGUGUCCAGUUAUUUCACCAAGAUUCGGUUAAUUCUCUGACUUUCAACCUUUCUUUGGAAGUGCCCUAGCUAAAUUUAAAACAAAAAAAGGCUGGAAUAAAUAUUGGAUCAUAAUGGAGCUGGUGAUUGUGCUACUUGGUCAUUCUGAAUGUGCCUGGUUGCUAACAAGAAGACUCCAAUUGAAAUUAUAUAUUAUAAACAUGGUGAGAUGGGGGUAGAUCCUCCAAAACACUGGUGCUGCUGGCACUGAAAUUCUGGUUUAAAAAAUAAACAUUUUGUGGUAAAUAAAA